AUGACGGAAGCGACCGUGUACUUCGAUGAGGACUGCAAAGUCAGGGUGCUGGAUGUCGACAGCUACAAGAGUUCCAAGUCCCUGCAGGAGGAAUGCGGCGUGAUGGUCAGCAGCAUGGAGCAGCUGCAGGCAACGGUGGACAAGUAUAUGGCUGCAGUCGGCCAGCAGGUGGACCGGAUCGAAGCUGAGAAGCUCCGUGCCGUGGGGCUGCGCAACAGGGUGGCCGCGCUGCAUGAGGAGCGCCGCCGCAAGCGUCAGGAGCUGCUGCAGCUGCUUCAGGAAAAGCAGGAGGGGCUGGACCGGCUACUGGUGGAGGAGGAGAGCCUGCGGCGCGUGCGGCAGGAGCAAGACCUCAUGAUAGCGAAGCUGUCAGACCCCAGCGGCGCGGCCUGA